GUGCUUUCCUUCUCCUCUCCUGCUUCCUUUUGUGAAACCCCGUUAGGAAUUCCCUGCCAUUGGUUAAGCAAGUAGGCUUUUCACGAAUGUGAGGGAAGUUUUCAGCCAAUCACAGAUGAACUAUUGCAUAAAUUCGGACUCAUCAGCAAUAUGGCUCCAAUUUAUAUUGAUUUAUAAAUUGAUCUCAUCAUAAAAUAAUGUAAACAAAAGACAGAAUUAUCAGCACAAUGACCUCAAGGCUUGAUCGGUUGUUUGUGUUGUUGGAGACGGGGUCAUCUGGUGUGACUAGACGAGCUGCAGCUCAUCAGUUGGGAGAAGUUCAAAGAUUACAUCCCCAUGAAUUGCAUAAUUUAUUAGCACGCAUUACGACUUAUCUGCGCAGUCCAGCAUGGGAAACCAGAAUAGCAGCUGGCCAAGCGGUGGAGGCGGUAAUUCGCAAUGUUCCUCCUUGGGAUCCUAUUCCAUGCAGUGUGAAAGAAACAAAAACGCUCUCUUCAAAUAUUUCUAUGGAGGGGCGAAUGAAUUUUGAAAAAUUUGAUAUGUGUAAAGUUUUGGAAAAUGGAUCACUCUUAAUGGGUUCAGAAGGAAAGGAGUAUGACUUGGAGGAAGAUAUGUCCGGUCUUGAUGUUCGUGAGAAAAUGGCACGUCAGCGUCAACUUCUAAAUGCUCGAUUGGGAUUAGAUGUUGCAAGUAAAAUUGGAAUUGAUGUUACAGAGUUGUUUACUUCCGAAGAUUUAGGUUUUACAAUAGGUGUCAAUGAUACACACAAAACUGAGGAAGUUUCAAAGAAAAGUAUUUCUGAAGUUGUUCAGAAUGAAGUGAGUCAGGUUGGAGGGCUUAGUUCUCGAGAAAUGAAUCGAGCUCGUAGAAAAGCUCGGCUGGCUGUUCUUAAACAGCGAUCAAGAGAAGCAGGUGAAGAUUGCGGAGAGGAACCUGAUAAGAAGAAAAUCAAGUUUGAGGAUGGUAUUCGUGAUGCGAAAAUGGAAGACCAUGGGAUGUAUCAUAGUGAAAAUGUUCCUGACAGUACAGGUUCAUGGAGCAGAGAGGCAGUAGAUUGGCCAUUUGAAGGUUUCUGUGACCAGCUUUGCCAAGACUUAUUCAGCCCCAGCUGGGAAACUCGCCAUGGCUCUGCUACAGCUUUAAGAGAAGUCAUACGUAUCCAUGGAAAAGGUGCUGGCAAAGUUGCAGACAUACCCGAGCAUGAGAUGGAAGAAUUUCAUCAGCUUUGGUUAGAAGAUGUAGCUCUGCGGCUUCUGUGUGUUCUUGCUUUGGAUAGAUUUGGUGACUUUGUUUCUGAUCAGGUCGUGGCUCCUGUCAGAGAAACAUGUGCUCAGGCUCUUGGGUCUAUUCUUCAUCUCAUGGGUAAGCAGAGUGUCAAUGGAGUAACAAAUGUUCUACUUCAGCUUCUAAAGCAAAAGGAUUGGGAAGCUCGUCAUGGAGGUUUAUUGGGCUUGAAAUAUCUUUUAGCGGUUCGCAAAGUAAGUUUAUUAUCUUGCUACAUUGUUCUUCCUGCUCCUGGAAUAGUGUAUACUGAAGAAAUGGAGAGUCCUGUUGACUGUUAUGUAAAAAUCCUCCUGGUGUACCUGAACUCCAAAUCAGCCCUUCAGCGAAUGGUGACUGGUCUUGUUGUUGCUGAAUGGGCAAAGUUGGAGGGAUCCAAUCAUACUAGUUCUGAAACGCUUAAAAGACGACUUCACCAAUGUCUGACUGAGUGUGUGUAUUUUGAUGAAAUAGCCUUAUCUUUUACACGUCUACUGCAAGAAACAAGAGAUUUUAUUGCAAUGAUGAAGCAUUAUAAACUUCCUAUUGAUUCUGAGAAAUAUGGAUCGGUAUUAACAUUGGAUCAAAUCCAACAGUUGAGUGGUCCUGUUACUCAGCAACUUUUAUCUUCCCACAAAUUAAAACCAAAAAUUGCAGAAACUUUAGAAGAGAGGCGGAAAGCUAUUCAAGGAUCUGUAUCUCAAACAAGUUCAGAUCAGAUGUUGCUCAAUAUUUCUACUCAAGCUGCAUUGGCUGGUGCAGUAACUAUGCAAAAGAGCCUCCCAGAAAAACUUAACCCUGUAGUGAAGCCUUUGAUGGAAUCUGUUAAGAAAGAAGAUACUGAGCCUUUGCAGGCACUAGCAGCUAGUCAUUUGGCAUUUCUGGUUGAUCUGUGUGUUGAAAGAACCCCAUGUCCCAAUGCUAAAAUAAUUACAAAUCUCUGUACCUUCUUGAGAUCAGACACUGAAUUUUCCCCCAAAAUUCAGACUUCCGAAGGACCCAGUAGUGACAGUGGUGUGGAGAGUACAAGUGGUGAAGGCAGUCGAACUGGGACUCCAACUAGUUUUGGAAAUAAUUACACAGGAAUACUGACUUUAGUCAACCAGCAAAUGUCAGCGGAGAGAGCUGUUUUUCGACGUUCUAAUUCCACUGGUGGUAGAGGACCAGGUCGACCUCCUGUUACUGACAUUCCUUUAGAAGAAUUGUUUGCUGCAGAAGAUGGCGUCCACAAGCAAAACAGAAUUCAAAGGAGGGGUGCUUCUUUUGCUUUGACUUCCAUCUCUUCAUAUUUUGGAAAAGACUUGCCUUCUAAAUUGCCAAAACUAUGGGACUUUAUCAAAGCUCAUUUGGUAGAAACAGUCGAUCCUUCCAAUUUUGAUCCUGCUGUUUUGAUGAAUAAUGAUGUAGCUGCAGAAGAACUUGUCACAAAUUUACUUGUACUGGAAGUAACUAGUCCUGCUCUCCAUAAAGAUCUUUUACCUCAGGUGCUUUUGUGUCUGCCACACUUGAGCGUGCUGUUGUCGCAUCCAUACAGAGCAGUGCGUCACAUGGCUGCUCGAUGUUUGGGAACUCUCUCAAGUCUCGCUUCAGUACCUGUAAUGAGUAGCGUUGUGACAUCUGUUCUCCCUCUCUUGGGAGCUUCAGAAUCCGAUACCCAACGCCAAGGUGCUGUGGAAGCUCUGGCGUGUAUUGUGGAAAAAUUACAAUUAAACAUUAUACCUUACAUAGUUUUGUUGGUGGUACCUUUGCUUGGUCGUAUGAGUGAUCAAAAUCAACCAGUACGCUUAAUGGCCACACAUUGUUUUGCUACCCUAAUUCAGUUGAUGCCUUUGGAUGGAGGACUUCCAGAACCCCCUAGUCUGUCAGCUGAUCUAAUUGCUCAGAAAGUGAAAGAAAGGAAGUUCCUUGAACAAUUGUUCAAUCCCAAAAGCAUAGACGAAUAUAAAGUACCAGUUCCUAUUAAAGCAGAGUUGAGAUCAUAUCAGCAAGCGGGAGUAAAUUGGUUGGCAUUCCUAAAUAAGUACAAACUCCAUGGAAUUCUCUGUGAUGACAUGGGUUUGGGUAAAACCUUGCAAUCAAUAUGCAUUUUAGCUGGGGAUCAUAAUGAUAGAAAUCUUCAGUAUAAAAGUACAAGGAGCCCUGACAGUGCUCCACUUCCUUCCAUUGUUAUUUGUCCUCCUACUCUGACUGGUCAUUGGGUAUAUGAAGUACAGAAAUUUUUACCCAGGGAAUAUUUAAAUCCUUUGCAAUAUGUUGGUCCUCCUCUUGAAAGAGAGAAGUUAAGAAGUAAGGUGAAAUUGCAUAAUUUAAUAAUAGCAUCGUAUGAUAUUGUUAGAAAAGACAUAGAUUUUUUUAGUACAAUAAAAUGGAAUUAUUGCAUUCUGGACGAAGGCCACGUUAUCAAGAAUGGUAAAACAAAGUCUUCAAAAGCAAUUAAACAGUUAAUUGCAAAUCAUCGUCUCAUAUUAUCGGGCACGCCCAUUCAAAAUAACGUCCUGGAAUUGUGGUCGUUAUUUGAUUUUCUUAUGCCUGGAUUUCUGGGAACAGAAAAACAGUUUACAGCUCGAUACAGUAAACCUAUCCUAGCUAGUCGAGAUCCCAAAAGUUCUCCUAAGGAACAAGAAGCUGGUGCUCUUGCAAUGGAAGCUUUACACCGUCAAGUAUUACCUUUUCUGCUCCGAAGAAUGAAGGAAGAUGUAUUAGAAGACCUCCCACCUAAAAUUACUCAGGAUUAUUACUGUGAACUUAGUCCAUUGCAAGAACAACUCUAUGAAGACUUCUCUCGAUCGCAAGCUCAUCAAUCUUUGCAAGAAACUCUUGUUCAAUCUGGUUCAAAUCGAUCAUCUCAAGGAAACACUCAUAUCUUCCAGGCACUCAGAUAUCUGCAAAAUGUGUGCAAUCAUCCUAAAUUAGUUCUCACUAAUCAACACCCUGAAUUUGAAAGAAUUCAGUCUCAAAUGAAGCAACAGAGUAGUAGUUUAGCUGACAUCCAACAUGCUGCAAAGUUACCAGCCCUAAAGCAAUUGCUGCUUGAUUGCGGUAUUGGUAUUCCUCCUGAAGAACAGGCUGGAGAGCAAGUGGUCAACCAACAUCGAGCCCUCAUUUUCUGCCAACUCAAAGCUAUGUUGGACAUACUUGAGAACGAUCUAUUCAAAAAUUACAUGCCUGGUGUAUCCUAUUUACGUUUGGAUGGUAGUAUUCCAUCUGGAAUGCGUCACUCGGUAGUCACUCGAUUCAAUAAUGAUCCUUCUAUUGAUGUUCUGCUAUUAACUACCCAAGUGGGAGGAUUAGGUUUGAACUUGACUGGUGCAGAUACGGUAAUUUUCGUUGAACAUGAUUGGAAUCCUAUGAAAGAUUUACAAGCGAUGGAUCGUGCUCACCGAAUAGGUCAAAAGAAAGUUGUAAAUGUAUAUCGAUUGAUUACUCGAGGAACAUUAGAAGAAAAAAUUAUGGGAUUGCAGAAAUUUAAAUUACUUACUGCUAACACGGUCAUUAGCAGUGAAAAUGCCAGCAUGGAAACAAUGGGUACAGAUCAAUUGUUGGAUUUGUUUGCUUUGGACAAUCGGAAGAAAGAAAAUGUGAAUUCUGGAAGUUCUCACUUGUCUCAUACUGGGGGCAUGAGUAUAAAGACUGUCCUAGAUACGUUGCCUGAUUUAUGGGAGGAUAAGCAAUAUGAGGAAGAGUAUGACUUGACUUCAUUUGUUCAACGACUGCAGAAGUAAGCAACAGGCAGCACUUGGUAAUCCACUUUUUCCUGCCUUUUCUACUAUGGAUUUUUUAAAUUUAAAUUCAGAAACUUUAUUCUCUGAAUUUGAUAAACACUUACUGCAAAUUGACAAAAGUCAUACAGUGGAUUGUAAUGAGUAUUUUUGUAUGACAUGUGCUCUUAUUAAUUUUAACAUGUGUCUUUGCUUUGAAAAAGUAUUUAAUUAUGAUGAUGCUAAUGUAGUACUUCGUUUUUUGAUACAUUUUAUUCAUAAAAAUGUUUGUGAAACAUGUUAGUUGAUGUAAGAAUGACCACAUGUGUUUGAAGUUGGUAUAUCAGAACUGGAACUAUCUGUUUAAAAUGAGUGUGUCAGACUUAUUACUUAUGUAAAUUAGUAUUUGAAAACGUGUUGGUAAAUAAGUUCCUUUAAUGAAUAGGAAUAAAUUAUACAAUGUGUUCUUCAGUGUAUUAUAUAUAUUUAUAUGCUAAGAAAAUCCAAUAAUGCAUAUACUUUUGUUUAUUUUUCUUUGUAUUUACAAAAAUAACAUUAUGAAAUGUUAGAAAGAUUUUGGUCACAGAUUAGCAAUUUUGAAAAGAAUGCUUUUUAGAACAUGUUAUCCUCCAAUAGUUGUAUUGUAACUGAGAUUUUGUACUUUCCUUUGCAUAUCCUCUUUUAGACAUGUAUGUGAUGUAACAGUUGAUUGACUCUUAAGAAUGCUCGAGUUGUAAUUAAUUAGACUGUUAAUACACUUUUAAAGCGCAUUAGGGUAUGUGUGCUUAUAUAAAAGUAAUGUGCAGACUCAAGUGGAGAAGUAGUUCCAGUUAUGCCUGAUAGUUACCAAGUGUUCGUGAAAAUUUUAGCAUACAUUUUUGUAUGCAACAAUUUCUUUUAAUAGGUUAAGUGAAAAUGUUUCUUCCAUUAAAUUAUCUGAUUGCAAAGUCAAAACAUUCAAUUCUGGAGAAUGAGGAAGAUUCAAUUGGUUUCCCUUAUUUAAAUUUAGUCAUUUACUAUGCCAGACCUAGGAGUGUCGAGACUCGCCAAGAAGAUGCAUUGUGUGUUAUUUGUUCAUGUGCCUCCUUAUUUAUGUCAAAUGUAAGUCAUUUAUUUGAAUUUUAGGACCAUUUUUGUCAUAUUUGUACAAUAAAAACAUAUCUUCAUUACCUUCAAA